AUGAAGCAGCGAUUCUCCUCCCUCGAUCUGCAGAUAAUAACGCACGAGCUCUCGCACGCCCUUCUAAACCACCGACUGAGCAAUCUGUACGAUCUCACCACACGUAUCUUCCUUUUGAAGUUCUCUCGCGGCGCCUCCAAGCACCUUCUGGUGAUCGACUCCGGCUUCCGCGCGCACCUGACGCAGUUCACGCGCGAGACGUCGCCGACUCCUAGCGCGUUCACGCAGAGGCUGCGGAAGUUCCUGCGCACACGACGGGUCACGGGUGUGGCCCAGCUCGGCGUUGAUAGAGUGCUGAGGCUGGAGUUUAGUGACGGGCUGUACUGCCUGUACCUCGAGUUCUUUGCCGGCGGGAAUGUGGUCCUUACGGAUAAGGAGGCGAGGAUUUUGGCGGUGCUGAGGGUCGUCCCGCCCGGGGAGGGGGUGCAGGAGUGUAGGAUUGGCGCGGUUUAUGAGGCUGGUGGGAAGGUGGGUGGGGGUACGGUUACGAGGGAGCACGUGGUCGAGGUGCUUACGGAGGCGGUAAGGGCAGCGGAGGUGCAGCGGCAGGAGGAGGGGGAGGAGAAGCCGACGGCGGCGCAGGUGAAAGGGAAGAAGUUCCAGCGCAAGAAGAAGAAGGUCGACAGUGCGCUGAAGCGCGUGCUCGGUGCGCGGCUGUCGGAGUUCUCGCCGGUGCUGAUUGAGCACGCGCUGCUUGGGGCGGGGGUGGACCCGGCGGUGAAGGCGGCUGAGGUGCUGGCGAGCGGGGACUUGUUGGCGAAGGUGGUGGAGGCGUUUAGAGAGGCGGAGGGAAUUGUCAAAGAGCUCACGACGGGAGAGGGAACGAGGAGGGGGUAUAUCAUCGCUAAACAGCCGCAGGAUGUCAAGGAUGAGCCGAAGAAGGAGGCGGAAGAGGAUGAGGAAGAGAAGAAAACGGUUACGUUUGGAAGCGCGGAGGCGGUCGAGUCGGCAGGUUCGCAGGAGGUGCAGCUGGAGGGCGUGGCGAAGGGGCUGGUCUUUGACGAUUUUCAUCCCUUCCUCCCGCGGCAGUUUGUUGGUGUUCCCGGGCUCACGACGCUGGAAUAUGAGGGGUUCAACAAGACGGUGGAUACGUUUUUCUCCUCGAUCGAGGCGCAGAAGCUCGAGAGCCGGCUGAGGGAGCGGGAGGCGGCAGCGGUCAAGCGGCUAGAGGCGGCGAGAACAGAUCAUAAAAAGCGUGUGGAGGGACUACGGGAUGUGCAGGAUCUCAAUGUGCGCAAGGCAGAAGCUCUCGAGGCGAAUUCCAUGCGUGUUGAGGAGGCGAUCGCCGCGGUGAAUGGGCUGGUGAAUCAGGGCAUGGAUUGGGUGCAGAUUGCGCGGUUGGUUGAGGGCGAGCAGAAGAGGGGGAAUGCGGUGGCCGAACUGAUACAGCUCCCGCUGAAGCUGUAUGAUAAUCGGAUAACACUGAAGCUACGCGAGUCGAGUGGCCAAGAUGAGCCAAAGGAGGGGAAGUUUGUGGGAUUCAGCGACGAUGAGGACGAGACCGACGAGGAGGAGGAGGUGGACGAGGAUGAUGAUUCCCAGAAGUCGCAGACACUCUCAAUCGACGUCGACCUCGCCCUCACCGCCUACGCCAACGCCCGAUCCUAUUACGACCAAAAACGCACCGCGGCCGAGAAAGAAACCAAGACCCUCCAGUCCUCCGCCAAAGCGCUCAAAUCCACCGAACGCAAGAUCACCGCAGACCUCAAAAAGGGCCUCAAGAAUGAAAAGCAGCUUCUCCGUCCAGUCCGCAUUCCACUGUGGUUCGAGAAAUUUCUCUUCUUCAUCUCGAGCGAUGGAUACCUCGUCCUCGGCGGCAGAGACGCACAGCAGAAUGACAUCAUCUACAAGCGGUACUUCAAGCGUGGCGAUGUUUACGUUCACGCGGAUAUCCAGGGUGCUGCGACUAUCUUUGUCAAGAAUAAUCCUGCCACGCCCAACGCGCCGAUUCCCCCGUCUACUCUCCAGCAGGCAGGAACGCUGUCGGUAUCCAUGAGUCAGGCAUGGGAUUCGAAGGCGGUUAUGUCCGCUUGGUGGGUUGGCUUCGAUCAGAUUGCGAAGACGGCUCCGUCGGGAGAGUACCUACCUGUUGGCAUCUUUCAUGCCAAGGGCAGCAAGAACUUCCUACCGCCGGCACACCUCAUACUAGGCUAUGGAGUCCUGUGGAGAGUCGACGAGGAGAGCAAGAAGAGGCACGUGCGGCACCGUAUUGGGGAGCCGAGCGAGGCUAAACCGGAACAACAGGAGCAACGGGAGGAAAAGAAUGCCAGUGAUGAUGAUGAGGACGAUGUCAAGAAUGACAUUGUCAGCGAUGACGAUGGGGAGUUUCCAGAUGUCAAACGGGAUUCCGAUGUUGAGGAUGAGCCUGAGGAUGAGUGGUUCCCGGAUGUUAAACCGAACUAUGGAAGCGAUGUCGAUGAUGAGGAAGUCCACGGGGACGAAGAUCAGGAACCGGCAAAGGGUGACGACGAUGAGGAACAGAGUCAGCCGGAGGAGGAGAACGUACCGGUAAAGCUAGAGGACAUGACACUUGAGGACUUCCUCACCCCACGCAAGGCACCAGUGAAAGCGAAGAGUGCGGCGUCCGCACCAUCACAAGCUGAGAGGGAAGGAGCACCAUCACCAUCACCCGCCUUAACGCCACAUCUCUCAGCCAAGCAGCGUCGGGACCUCAAGAAGGGAAAGCUCGUCCCCAAUCCCGCCCCUGCGUCUUCCCAAGAGCCUAGCCGGUCUUCAACACCUUCUCAGGGGCCCACUUCCUCGACCAAGCCGCUCCCCCGCGGUAAAAAGGCCAAAGCCAAGCGCGCCGCGGUGAAAUACUCCCUCCAAGACGAAGAGGACCGCGAGCUAGCGCUUUCGCUCCUCGGCGUAGCCUCCAAAACCUCUGCGGCCCCCACCGCCGAGGAAGAAGCACCCAAGGAGACCCCAGAGCAGCGGAAGACCCGCCUACGCGAACAACACCAACGCGCGCAGGCCGUCGGUCUUGCCGAAGAAGCCCGCCGCCACCAACAAGGCGCCGACGACGCGGAAGACGAUGAAGAGGGCGACGUGGAAACCCCGCUCGACUCACUCGUUCCCGACCCGUACGACGACGAUGUCCUGCUCGACGCUAUCCCCGUGUGCGCGCCCUGGGGCGCUAUGGGCCGCUACAAGUACCGCGUCAAGCUCCAGCCGGGCGCCCAGAAGAAGGGGAAGGCGGUUAGAGAGGUGCUGCAUGGCUGGAUUGGAGAUAAGGGCCGCAUGCGCGGCAAGGAGAAGGAUCUGGUCACCGGAUGGAAAGAGACCGAGGCGAUUGCGUGUGUGGGCGUGGGCAAGGUUAAGGUGUUUGGUGAGGCGGGCAAAGGUGCUGGCGGCGGGAAUGCAAAGGCGAAGGGAAAUCCGGCUAGGGGUGCCGCGAAGAAGAGUACGAGGAAGAAGUAGACUACAUGGGCAGGUAGAUGC